AUCAAUGAUGAUGGAGGUGACAAAAGGAAACCAUUUGACAUACCUAAAACGGCCACAUGGUCGGAAAACCGAGGACAAUCCCUGGUCGGAGUGAUUAAAAUUUUUUAUCUCGCGUCAUGGAUAGAAAAUGGUGUUUUUUUGUUCCCCCUUUUCGGCCUUAUCUUCAGAUAUGACGGCGAUUAGUGAUUCUUCCUCUUCAAAUUCUCCGUGAAAAUUUUGACGUCGUUGUCAGUUACACAGUUUCAAAUUGAGAAUUAAUGAGUUCGAACACAACGAGCAGGAAGUUCCUGGACGGAGCCAUCGACUUCACAGCAGGCUCGUUGGGUGGUGUUGCACUUGUUUACGUUGGACAGCCUUUGGACACAAUCAAGGUGAAACUGCAGACUUUCAACAGUCUUUACUCGGGGCCAUGGGACUGUUUCAAAAAGACACUGAGGACUGAGGGCAUCAGGAGAGGGCUGUAUGCAGGUACAGUGCCUGCCCUUGCAGCCAAUGUCGCUGAAAAUUCCGUCUUGUUUGCAGCGUAUGGCGGGUGUCAGAAAUGUGUGGCUUAUGCGACAAACACGAAAAUAGAAAAUUUAUCAGCUUUGGGUAAUGCAUUCGCUGGAUUUCUGGCAGCUUUUUUCUCCUCUUUUACUCUCUGCCCAACUGAACUUAUCAAAGUACGCCUCCAGGCUGCUAGGGAGUUGGAAUUGACAUCAAAAACCAAUGCAGUAAAAAAGCAUAGGUUAAAUGGAUUUCAAAUGACAAAAAUGAUUUUAAAAACUGAAGGUAUAAGGGGAAUGUUCCGUGGCCUUACUUCAACCAUUGCAAGAGAAAUGCCAGGUUAUUUUGUCUUUUUUGGAGGCUACGAAGGAACGAGGAUGUUCCUUACACCCAAAGGAUGUACAAAAGAGGAGUGUGGAGUCUUGGCAACUAUGGCUGCAGGCGCUGUGGGUGGUGUGGCUCUUUGGUUGGUAAUUUUUCCAGCAGAUCUAGUCAAGUCUAGGAUCCAAGUUAGCAGCAUUGACAGUUCCUUUUAUUCUGUCACAUUAUCAAUAGUUCGAAACGAAGGCGUUUCUGCACUUUAUAACGGCCUGACACCAACAUUAAUAAGGACUAUGCCCGCCACGGCAAUCCUUUUCCUAACAUACGAAUACACCAAAAAGCUUAUGCAUAAUGUGCUAGACAAAAAUACUUUAGAAGAUAAGAAGAUUAAAUUUAUGUAAUAAUACAAUUACUUUCAGGAUUGUU